UGCUUCUAUGUUCAUGCAAUUUAUCUAUAUAUAUGGGCUAUCAAAAUGCUAGGAAGCAGACUAACUAAACUAAAAGUACCCUGAACAUAUAUAUCUAAUAUCCUUAUUGCUUACUUUAAGUUUCCAGAUGAAAAGUCUUGCAGUUUUCAUCCUCUUCUCUCUCCUAGCCAGCUUUAGUCAUUCCAUUGAACUUGAUUUUUGUGUCGGAGAUCUCAGUCUCCCCAGAGGACCAGGAGGAUACGCUUGCAAAGAUCCCGCUAAUGUUACAACUGAUGAUUUUGUUUAUACCGGUUUUCGUGGUGAAAAACCUACUACAAAUAUUUUCAAAAAUCAUUUGACUCUCGCUUUUUCAAAUGCAUAUCCAGCUCUGAAUGGUUUAGGUGUCUCCUUGGCAAGGUUAGACUUUGCUGUGGGAGGAGUUAUCCCAGUACACUCUCACCGAACAUCAGAAAUUCUUAUUUUAGCAAAAGGUACUAUCAUUGCAGGAUUUAUUGAUACGAACAACACUGCAUAUUAUAAAAAGUUGGAGGUCGGUGAUGUUAUGAUCUUUCCACAAGCCAUGCUCCAUUUUCAAGUCAAUGUUGGUAAAAUUCCAGCUCUUGCAUUUGUUGCAUUGAAUAGUGCAAAUCCAGGAUUGCAAAUCACUACUUCUUCGUUGUUUGAUGGAAAUUUACCAACUGAGUUAGCGGAGCAAAUCACACUUCUAAGUCAUCAGGAAGUGAUGCGGAUGAAGACAUUAUUUGGCACUCAUUAAUUAGACUGGUUUUCAAUUAUUUUCUUUUCUUUGCAUGGCAUGCAACUAUGUCUAGUGCCAAGCUUGAUUUACUGUUAUUCCAGACUUUAAAAUAGUAGCACCUAAGGGCAUAAAAUAAAGAGACCCAAUGUUAAUUUCUCUUAGCUAAGCGCUUGUAUGUUAAAUCAUUCUUAAAGAAUAUUUUGCUUAUUAUUGAUUACUAAA